ACCUUGAAGUUCAGUUCACUUAACACACACUACACUUUGGGCACAAUGGCUCUAGCUUUAGGAAAAGUUCUCGUGCUUUUGGUGCUACUGUCUAGCUCCUUCACAGUUUUUAGUGAUCUCGUUGGUGUUGCCAAGGAACCUGUUCCAGUCCACCCGCCUGCACCAGCCCCUGCACCCCACCACAAGGGCCAUCACCACCACCACCAUCCCCCCACCCCACCCCCAAGCCACCCUCCAGUUAAGCCUCCCACUUCACCACCAGUUAAGCCUCCCAGCCACCCUCCAGUUAAGCCUCCCUCUUCGCCACCAGUCAAGCCUCCCAUUCCACCAGUCAAGCCUCCCACUCCACCACCAGUCAAGCCUCCCACUUCACCACCAGUCAAGCCUCCUACUCCACCAGUUAAGCCUCCCACUCCACCAGUCAAGCCUCCCACUCCACCGCCUGUUAAGCCUCCGAGCCACCCACCGGUGAAACCUCCUAGUCCCCUACCCAUCAGGAAGGCUGUGGCUGUUCAAGGUGUUGUAUAUUGCAAGUCCUGCAAGUACAGAGGGGUUGGAACCCUCAUUGGAGCCUCUCCACUUGCCGGGGCUUUGGUAAAGCUACAGUGCAACAACACCAAGUGGGGACUCGUUGAACAAACCAAGACAGACAAGAAUGGUUAUUUCUUCUUCAAGCCAUCUAAGCUGACAACAGCUGCAUUCCACAAGUGCAAGGUGUUCAUAAUUUCAUCACCAUUGCCAACAUGCAGUGUCCCGACCAAUAUGGGCAGCGGAGCCUUUGGUGCCAUCUUGAUUCCCAGCCGCAAGCCACCGGUUAAGCCACUUCCAUUUCAACUCUUCACAGUUGGGCCAUUCGCCUUUGAGCCAGCCAAGAAAGUGCCAUGCCACCUCUAGAUCCAGCCAUCCAGGAUUUUAGUUCCAUCUUUGCCUUUAUCUUUGUGAUUGUGAUUGUGUAUGUUAAAAAGUACUGCAUGUGUAACAGCUUUAAUUUGGGCCAUGAUGUUAGAUUUUUACAGCAAUAAAUAAAAAAUAUUUCAGUCAAGCUUA